AUGGGGUCCGAGAACCGUUCCAUAAACCGCUAUGAAACAACAGCGGUAUACACACAUCCUGAAGCCAAAAUCGAUAUUGUUCUUGUUCACGGCCUAAACGGAGUGCCUGAUAAAACAUGGACGGCAAAGAACGGGACUUUCUGGCCGCUGGAUCUGCUGCCACUGGCCCUCAAAGGCGCACAUGCUAAUAUCAUGGUCUACGGGUACAAUGCGGACGUCUAUUCAAAGAAAAAUGACCGAACAGCCAGCGAUAACUUCAUUCACCAACAUGCGCAGUCACUCAUAACGAACCUCACUCUCCAUCGAAGAAGCGAGGGAACGUUCAAAAACCCCAUCAUAUGGGUCUGCCACAGCCUGGGUGGCAUUCUCGUUAAGAGAGCUCUCCUGUACUCAUCGGAUGUUCGCGAACCCCAUCUCGAAGACCUUCGAUCCAUUUUCGUAUCGACAUUUGGACUUGUCUUCUUGGGGACACCUCAUGUAGGAUCAGAUGCAGCAACUUGGGGUCUCAUUUUGCAAGCAAUGUCCGAUGCCGUCAUUCCAAAGCGGUUCUUCGAUUCUGAGUCGGUGCUUCUCAAGACGCUUAAGAAGGACAACGAAACUUUGGCAAACAUUAAUAGUCACUUUUUGGAUAUUUAUCAGCGCUUUGAGAUUCACAUGGUUCGUGAAAACCAGAAGACGGACAUCAAAGGCCAUAAAAUCAUUGUCGUCGAUGCAAACUCAGCCGGGCCUCAGUUACCUGGAGUGACUUACUACGGAAUAGAAGCAACUCACUCGAGUAUGUGCAAGUUCGACGGCAUGAGCUCACCUGGAUUCCGCAAUAUUGCCAUCACUAUGCAGCAAUGGAUUCUAAAGGCCCCUUCGGCGAUACAAGAGCGCUGGCUUGCUGAAGAAGAUGAGCGACGAGCCCGCGCCAUGGCAAAAGCGAAUGAGCUCAUGUCGCCAUUCACGGGUGAAAAUCAGAGACCUGCCCAAAGAGAUAUUGGUGUAUCUACCAGAGGAGGAAAGCCAGUCUUUGAAAAGUCAACUUUGGCGCAGCUCACAAAGCACGAAACCAUAUUUGUCCACCCAGAACGAUUUCGACCAAACUCGCUUUUCAGAGGUCGACAGCAGGAGCUGGAGGAUCUUCACGGUAUGCUCAUGGACAUCGACCGGAGAGAUCAGGGAACCUCGGCUGUUCUUAUAUGGUCGGUCCCUGGAGGUGGUAAGACACAUCUUGCGAGAGAGUAUGCAUUCAAACAUCGACACGACUAUCCUGGUGGAGUGUUCUGGGUGCGUGCCAAAACACCGGAGGAUCUCGAAGAUGGAUUCUUGAGGAUCGCCAAGUAUGCUAUUUCUCGAGCUGAGAUUGAAGUCCAGGACGAGACAACUCUUCAAAAUCCGAGCAAGGUUAUACCUUUGGUCGUAGAUUGGCUCGACCGCUCGGAGAACUGGCUUCUCAUCUUGGACGGUGUUCUAAACGAUACUCCUAACGUCACUAAUUGUAUACCCGAUUCAAGAAACUCGAGUAUGAUCCUAACGUCCACCGACACAUCCAUCUCAGGGAACCAUCACUUCGAUAACCCUCAGAAGCUCGAACUAGGCCCCAUGGCUGACAAUGACGCUCAGGCGCUACUAUUAGAGGAGAUGGAUAAGAAGAGACCGUGGACACAGGAAGAUCUUGACCGAGCACUCGAAGUGGUCCAAUUGGUCGAAGGUUUACCUCUGGCUAUACAUGCUGCAGCCGGCCAGAUGAAAGCUACCAAAGAGCCACUCAUCAAGUACAUUCGGUCGUAUAAGAAACGGCCUCGUGCAGGUGGGCUUGGCGCGUACAAAGCUGUAAGAGAGAAGUUACAGGAACGUGGCGAGACGGCAGCACUAAACUUGAUGUAUUUGCUGUGCUUUUUCGGUGGCCGAGUUCCGGUUGAGUUGCUCUCACUUGGUCUGAAAGCCCUCGACAAGCGUACUCCGGUGCGCACCCAUGACUCGAUGGGUAAAAGAAGUCUUAACAAGACCUUUACCGUUCUAAUAGCAUUCGCAUUGAUCGAGCGUGAUGAGAUUGAGGAUGUCUCAUCUGUUGGUACCCCAGGAGAGAUACCCAGUGCAAGACCUAUGGAACCCCUGGACGUCCUCAAGAUCCAUGGCAUAGUACAGAGCUUCUUCAUUGAGGCUUUGAAAGUAGAGGGCCAAUACAACUUCUGGCUUGAGCGUGCUGCAGCUGUCUUCCUUCGAUCCUUUGACCACGCUGAUAAUCGGGCCAAGAACAACAAGGAGAUGGGACUUCCAGAUGAUUAUAGGAGAUACGCCACUCAUUGCCGGAGGAUCUUGAAGCACAUACAAGGAGUCGAUAAGCCAACUAUGGAACUCAUGGCUGUUGAGCACGCACUGAAAAGUCGAUUUGGGGACAUCCAGGGCAAGAUUCGUACCUUGGCACGCUCAAUGACGACGGACUCUGAAGGAAGAUGGGUACGGGGUCCUUAUGUGUCUGUGUUUGAGAAGAGCAACAGCGCUUCUCUGUCCAGCUCUUUUUCGAACGCGGAUAGCGACAAUCAGGAGGAAGAGCAACAGACUCCCUGGGAUCUACGAACUAGUUUCCCUUCCUUGGAGGAUGAUAAUGAUGCACCGUAUCCUUACGAUAGCACAAUCCCAGCACCGGUUUUCUAUGAGGAGGACGACGGGGAGGGACAGUUGACAUCACAACAAAGGAUGGCGGGAAGCUAUUCGAGCCAGCACAGUCCACGAAUAUCCGAGUAUGAAGAGAUAGACGCCCAGUUUGUGAGCAAAAGAUCACAUUCCGCUCAUAGGGCAUCGUCACCGGCAUACAGAGAUCAAAUAAUACCCCCGCAACAGCAGAUUAGAGAAACGAGCCGGGAACGCAUUUCUGAGAAUCCGUUUAUGGGGGGCUCUUCGGGGGCCGCCUCGAUUCCAUCAAUGGAUAUCGCCAAUGCAAACUGGCUCCACGAAGACCCUGCUCCGAUUCUACCGCGGGCAAGACACUCGGAUACAUCCCUAGAUGCGGAAAUCGACGAUUGGGCUCCCGGUCUACCCAUCACCAGCAAUUCAGUCAGCAGUCUCAGACCUAUGUCCCACUAUCAACAAAACCUUUCGUCUCAUCGCCGAACCGCUUCCACUGGUGGAGUCUUCUCUUCCUCACCUGGCAGUAUUGCCAGUAGCACCCUCCGACCACCUUCUUCAGGAUUUGACGACUCCUCAUCCCAGCCAAUGACACGCAACUCGUCGUCCAAAUCAGGAACACCAGCGGCACAUCUUCCAGCCCCCCGCUGGGCAAGUCGUGUCCCUUCAGUCACAGCCACAGAGCCAUCGCCACGACAUCCCACCACCAGCUUCGACAACAUACCUUCUGGCUAUCAAGCCUGGCAGCUCCGGCAUGCAGGACCAUGGAAUCCUGAGGGAGCUGCUCGACGGGAUGUUACCUCUGCCCCCAGGCCAGAUCUGUCAUCUGAUAGCGCAGAGAUGGUGAGGUCUGGUUCUGGAGGAAUAAAAUUCAAUGGGCAUAUUGUUGAGUUUGGACAGUCCCAUCUUAGUAAUAGUCAACCUGUGUAUCCAUUGGAAAUCACCGGACCCACAGGUGAUCUCGAGGAUCAAGAUACUGCGGUUCGGAGACGCAGAAAUACCAACACUCCGCCAUCCGGGCAUGGCUAUGGGCGGCCUGCGGUAUUGAGGCGGGAGCUUUGA